AGUUCUCCAGCGGAGAUCGAACGAGUCGCUCGCGCGUGUCUCCUUCUCUCUCUCUCUCUGGCGGGAUGAGCUGUGCUACCGGUGUCCCAUCAGUGCGCGUGUGGGGAUAAGAGGAUCGAUUAUAGAUUGACGCAGCUACGCGCACCACGUGACCGGAUGCGAGAUCGACUUCCAUGGAUACCCAGACGAUCUCCGACGAGGAACUGGAUUUGGGAUAGAACCAUUUUUCGAAUACCGAUACGCAAUCUACGUAGCAAACGCGUCAGUGAACUUGUGUGAUGAAACUAAAGCUGACUCUAGAGACGGCCGUUUAUAGUAACUGUAGAUAAGAUGUACAGAAGUGCGCUGCUGUGCCUGCUGCUCGUCUCGCUAGCUCACGGCAGCAUCUUCGAGAAGUUCGAGAACUACACGAGGAUCUUCGGCUUCACGCCGGACGAGAGCAGCAAUGAGCUGUGGCGGGGCAUCAUCAGGGACUGCAGCAAGAAGGUGAGCUUCUCCUGCAUUCAGAAGAACGCCUACAGCUUCCUCGAUCGAACCUUCAUCGAUCGCGACAACAUCACCGUGUUCGAGGGCCUAAGUCUCACCAGGAACAACCUCGACUACGACACCUGCUCCAAGGAUGCCUGCACCAAGGACAACCUCGUCGAGGAGAGCAACGAGGACAAGAAGAGCAGAACCGAGGAUGAGGAGGGGGAGGAGGAGGAGUACCUCACGCCGCUCGAGGAGGUGACCUACGCUCUGAGAAAAAAGACUUUCAAGUUCCUCGCCACCAGAGACUACGAGAUCCAGCUGCCGAGGUUCAUCGCCGGAGGCGCCAGUUUCAAGAUCAGCCCGCGGGAGAUCGACGAUAGCGGGGCCUUGAUCAGGGUCGAUUUCGGGAACCGAGCGGUGGAGGAGCAGCAGCACGGCCGACUGUUCUUCAAAAAAAUCAAAAAACAGAUCCAAAACAAGCUGCUGAUGGCGCUGCUCAUCCUGAUCCUGGUGAUCAAGAUAAUCAAGGUGAAGUUCAUGUUCAUCAUUCCCUUCCUGUUCGGCGUCGGCACGGCCAAGAAACUGUUUCUCAAGCUGCUGCUCUUCUUGGUUCCGGCGUUCGGCCAUGUGUUCAAGCUCUGCUCGAGCUAUUACAGCUCCACCAAGUAUCAUCAGCAUCAUCACAAGAUCAUCCACCACCACGAGCACGUGCCAGUACCGGUCCCAGUGGCGAAGCCAGUCUACUACGACCACCCGCCCUCUCAUUCUCACGGCUCAAGUCCGCCCUACGUCCUGGACGAGGACUUCAACGGCUAUGACUACGCGCAUCCUCACAUCCAGUACCGCAAGGACAUCGAAGAGCUAAAAGAGUGGGGCAUCGAACCCUACGACGAGUCCUACGACCAGAAUGGACCUCAGGCUGGUGUCAUCUACCAGGGGCCACCAGGCCCCACGACACCAUCUGGGCCCAAAUCAGGCCCUCCCAAGUUCCCCUUCGGUGUACCACCCCAGUUCAUGGCUAAUCCCAAGCCAAUGGGGCCAGGCGGUUUUAUGGACAAGGUUCAGCUACCGCCGCAUCAUCCCCAGAAUCUGGCCUACUCCGGAUACCGACCACCCCUACCUCCACCCCCACCUACCAAUAACAGGCCACCGGCCAUUCCCGCUGCCUCCCUUCCAGUGGGCGUCGUUGCUGCUCCGUUUUUUGGACCGCCCAAGCCAUCAAUAAAAUCGCCGCCAGGCUUGGGAGGUACUGGCGGCGAUGGUGGUGGCGCUUUUUCAACAGCCCAGGGAUCAUAUAGUAAGCCUGUCUAUCAAACCCAACAGAGGAACGAUCUCCAGCAGCAAGCUUCCGCUCCGGCACCGGCACCUGCAGUGCCAGUAGCAGUGCCACCGACGCGGAAACCAUAUGACGAUCAAUUCUACGGUCCGAUCGUCGAGAGGCUCGACGACAUCUUCAACCAGAUGAGGUUCGUCGAAGAGCCGUGUCGGGAGAGGCUCGUCUGCAGCAUGUACAAGAAUCCGACGCUCUACUCGCCCAACAGCAACAUCGUCUCGAACGAGCUGUCUAGAGAUCCUCAGGAAUUGCAGCAAGGAAACACUGCAUCCGCUUCCAGUCAACGGUUUUACCGAUACCUCAACGCCGCGCGAACAGGUCAAGACGGUGGCGACUGCUUACGCUCGUACCACUGCAGUAUCAACACGGAGUAGAAAAACCCGACCUGUUUUGACAGCGGAAUAAAAUACGAAGACGCAUACGUUGAAGAAGCUCUAUUCGCUUAUGCGUACAUUCGAAUGAUCAAUUUACGAUGUCCUGUUUUGUUGUACGUCUAAGAUUCGUUCGAUAUCUCUCGAUUGUGUGAAUUUAGUAAUCUAUUUAUUUAUUAACGAUGAGGUGCGCGUGUAAUUAUUGCCGAGAGAUUAAUUGAUGACGAAUCUUAGAUUUUCGAGGAUUGUAUUCAGAUAAGCUCAUCCAUAGUUAAAACGAUCGUUGAUUAUUGUUUAACUAAGCAGGAAGAUAUUUGAGGUGCGGAGCUUGGAUUUUCAAAAAAUGCUGUGGAAAAGGCCUUUCUAAAACGACCUACAACAUUUUUCUAGAGUUUUAAAAAAAUCCAAGUCUCGAAUCCCUGAUACUCUUCAUCGAAGUAUAAAUGUUCAAUCAAAUAUUUUGAAAUAGUUCAAAGGCUGUAGUAUCAAAAAACGGUGUCUUGCUAUGCGUUGUAUGAAAACGCAUUAUGAAUAAUGCGUGACCCGAAAAUUGUCUACAAAGUCCACAUCUGAAUAUAAUAUAGUUACAUGUUUAUAAUUGUAGGAUUCUCGCGCUACGCAAAAACUAUUAUAAUAUUUAAUGAUAAUUUAUUUAUGUUUAUUUAUAUUAUUUGAAAAAGCAAAAAUAAUUUAUGAAUUUAAUUUAGUCGAUUUGCUACUAAGCUUCUGGGUGCCAUUCCCAUCUGUUGAAACUUGGGCCAAGUGCGGUCCACGACGCAAAGAAGGAAACGGGUGAAGAUAACAAAAUAGAAAGAACCACAGAUAUGCUUUCUCAAAGGAGGCAUUAAUUUUUAGCGCAUAAUUAUGUUGUUAAAUGAUACUUGUGUGUGUGUGUUGUUGCUUAAUGUAUAAUAAACUGGCUAAGAUAAA